UCACGUCCAGUGUUUACAUAGAACAAGCUUUUGAAGUAUAUUGAUUAGUAUAUGCGAUAAAUUUGUGCAAUCUUAAAAUUUCAGGAGUAGAUCUAGUAUUGUAGUAGAAUCUAUUUAGAGUAAUCAAAGAGCUAUAAAAAUAAUAUAUUUUAUACUUCAUUGGAGUAAUUGAUUAGCUAUUUGAUGCUGGUCGAUAACCUUGCGCAUGUGCAUUGGGUAGACGUGUGGGAAAACACGUUUGUAAUAAAUUAUUUCAGAGCAAGCGAAAGUGAUUUUUUACUAAUAGAAUAAUAUCAUUGUAAACAAGGGUGAAAUAGAAGAAAGAUAUUUUGUUCGAUCGAUUGAACGAAGCCGAAGGACAGCUAAUUUAGAUAAGUGAUCAAUAAUUAUUGGCAAGGAUAAUUUUUAAAAACGUGCAACUAGAUGACCCAGAACGAGAACUCGCCAACAAGCUUCCAGGGUCUAGAACCUAGAGAUAUAUUAUGUGCAGACAAGAUAGUUGAAUUGGAGAAGGUCGACAAGAGUUGCAAUCAAGAAAGCUGGUGUGUAGCAUGGGCUCCAGAUUGCUCAUACAUAGCCUGGUCUCAGGGUGGGGGCAUUGUCUACCUGCUGCCCUGGGCUCCUGACCAAGGACAGUUAUUGAAGAAACCAACAAGGGACCAGAGUCAUGAAAAUUUGAGUGAAAUCGAGGAGUCAGCUUUUAUCGACAACCUUCCUCGUCUUUCACCAGCAGAUGACACUGAAAACGAGGAUGAUUUCAGCUGGAAUGAAAACCCUGGGCCGAGUUGUCAGCAGCAUAAGAUGGAAGCGCAGCGUUUCCGCAUUGACUGUAUGGACUAUGUUUGGUCAAUGACAUUCGGAAGUGGAGUCUCAAGGUCAAAUUGUAAUGUACGGCGGCGAUUCAGUUUCAACAGUGAUCUUAUUCUUUUAACCGGCUUACAAGGUGGCAAGAUUAAAGUAUGGAAUGUAUACACUGGCAAUUUGAUUAUGGAGCUACUGGACCACAAGAGUAAUGUUCAUGGACUAACUGUAAUGUGUAAUGGAAGUCUGAAGUUAGCAUCGUGUUCAGCUGAUUGUACAAUAAAGUGUUGGGACUUAAAUAAUGACGGAAACAUGUAUAAGACAUUGAGAUUUAAGGAGAAUGUGAUGGUGUUUGACUGUAAAUAUUCACCGACAUGUAAGCAGUUGGCAGCAGUCGGGAUGAAUAAGUGUGCAUAUGUUUGGAAUCUUUCAAAUCUCAACUCACCAAGAAAACUAACAGGUCACCUACACAAUGUCGUACACUGUGAUUUCUCACCAGAUGGCGCCCUUCUUGCAACAGCCUCUUUCGAUACUCGAGUUAUCCUGUGGGAUCCAUACACAGGGGACAAGAUAAAAACACUGGGACAUAUGUUUCCAUCUCCGCGGCCGAUAUAUGCUGGAGGAGCUAAUGAGCACUAUGCCAGAUGCGUGUCAUUCUCUAAACAUGGGUACAGGAUAGCUACAGUGGCUGACGAUGGAUAUGUUAGGGUUUGGAGCUUGGAGAGUUUGUCAGAGAAUCCAGUAGAUAUUGCCGAAACUCGUAAACCAUUAUGCUGUUCAUACAGCUCUAAUGGUCAUGUGAUAGCAACAGGGAAUCGAGCUGGAAAAAUUGAGAUCAUCCGCCCACAACAUGUCGAAGUAGCCAGGUUGCAGCACAUGUGCCGGAUGAAGAUACGACAGCGUGUACAAGAGACUCAGCAGGUUGAUCACCUGCAUUUUCCUUUCCGUUUGAAGGAGUACCUGAAGUACAAAGAACUCUGAGAUACCGUUUUGUUUUAGAGAUUGUUCAACUGCAUGUUUUUCUAUGAUUCCGUGAUCAUUGAGUUAAGAGUUUCUGGCAACAUUGAGAUUGUUCUAUCACAAGCUAAUCUGCGAUAGUUAGAAUUGAACUGAAAGCUUUUCUGCGACUGAUAUUGCAAUAUGGCAAGCUCUUCUGUGACUGAGAUUACAGAAUUACAAGCUUUUCUGUGAUUGAGGUUACUGAAUUGCAAGCCUUCCUGAAAUUGGAAACUGUUAAGAAAUUGGAAACUGUUAAGAUUUCUCUAUACCUAGGAGAUCUUUAAAGUUUUACACGUUUUCAGGUAAACCCAGAGAGGUCUGAAAACUGCACCAAGAUCUGUUUGAUGUUUGAGAAAUAUUCUAAAUACUUAUAAUGGAGAUAUAGGUAUAUUCUGUAAGGACCUUCCAAUGAUUGGUAACUGUAGUCAGAGGUAUUACUUGUAUUAAAAGUAUUUGGUCAGCGUGACAUUCUGAAAUGGUGAUUUUGUUUUAAAAGGCCUGUUUGUAAGAAAAAUGUCUGACAAUCUGGCUCAGUAUGCAAAAUAACACUCGGAAAUAAGUAAUUUUAUUAUUUAGUUGCUGUUUAACAUACAUGAACAUUUUUUUGAAAGUGUUUAUUUUUAUAUAAAAUUUGAAGGAUUUGUAAAGGUGGUACUUUUUAUUGCCUUACACAUUAAUAGUGUAACAUUUUUAGGUGUUAAUCAUAAAUCCAAAUACCAAGUAUGUAACAUUUAGUUAUUCAUAUUUACAAAGAAAGAGAUUUAUUUCAGGUUAUGGACUGUAUAAGUGAAGCUGGGGUCCAGUAUUGUGUUGAAAAUGACAGUGUAUACUUAUGUAACAUUUAAGCGCAUAAUAUCAUCAUUACACCAGUAAUUGUAAAAAAGUUUGUAAAUGUGUUCAGAUAUUUAUUUAGUUUAAGAUACUCUGAUUUUCUGUCAAAGGCCUAACUGUUUAAGCAUUUUAUUACCCUAUACAUGUAAAUAAUAUCCUUAUGUUUUGUUUUGUUAUUUAUCAUUUCUCUUGUUAUAAUUAGAGUAGAUAGCGUUAAAGAUUUAGUUUUACUUGUUUUGAAUUGAUAUAUGAGCUGCGCCAUGAGAAAACCAACAUAGUGGCUUUGCGACCAGCAUGGAUCCAGACCAGGCUGCGCAAAUGCGCAGGCUGGUCUGGAUCCAUGCUGGUCGCAAAGCCACUAUGUUGAUUUUCUCAUGGCGCGGCUCAUACGGAUGUUUCUAAAUUGCUAGUUCUUACUUUCCUAGCGAGGAUAAUAUAAUAUCAACAUGAUUGUACAAACAAUGGUUUCGAACUGUCGAUCAUAGUAAUCUGUUUUAGCUGAACAUGUCAGGGCUUCUGAUUAAAUAGUCAUUUUGUAGGUGUACCAGAAUAUGGAUGCAAAGCAAAUUUCAGUUUUACUUUGGUAUUAAAAAUGUCCUUGUCAUUGUAGACCGGUGGUUCAUUUGAAUAACUUAAUCUCCACGUAUCUGACUUAGUUUUAGACAGUACAGUGGGUUAUUUUUCAGUUUAGUACGAAAGUUUAAUAAUGUUUUUCCGUUCAAAAAGGUCAUUUGUAUUGUCCGAGGCUUGACCCACCGGUCAGCUAUAAAAUCCGUAUAUUUUAGUUAAACAGGAUUACUUCCACAUGUCCUUAAUAUGGACAAAAAUGUGGACCAGUUUAAAGAGACAGUACCUUAAAUUUGAAAAGAAAAAUAUCAUCCAAAACAGCUUGUAUUUUUUGAUGUCUCCCCAUAUAUUUAGAGAUAUAUUGCUUUUGACUUGUCUGUCAGUAAAAGAAAAGUUUGUCUGUACUACUUUUACUUGAGAGAUUUCAAGAUGCUCUGCACCAUGGCUUGUUUUGCCACACUGUUUGCAUUUUUGAGUUGAAAGGCAUAUUCAUCAAGAUGUCAAGUUUGGAUGAACUGGCAAUUUGUGUAGUCUAAAAGAAUGCCUAUACUGUUAUCUAUUUUUAGCUUGACUUUUCAAAGAAUAGGUAUAACUAUUUGACUUACUUGUGCGUCCGCAGCCAUUUAUAUUAUAAGAACCUGCAUAGCACAAAGAGACAACUUUGAAAUUUCACUACUUCAAAUAAUUUUAGCCUAAGAAAUAUUAUUUAAGGCUGAGGAUUGUUGUUUUGGGUUGUUGUUUUUUUUGCUGUAGUGAUGCAUUAAUUUUUGUUCUUUUUGUUCACCUUUCUGGGAAAAAGAAGCUGUAUUGGGAGGCUUCUGCUUCUACUUAAAGCAAUAUCAAGUAUCGAUUAAUGUAUUUCUAAUACAUGGUUAUAUACACAGGUGAUCACAAGGAAUGUUACGCCUUGCCUGUCAGACGUAGCUGUUGGGUUGUUGUCCAUUUCUGUCUGCCAGUUACACUAUUUAAUCCACUCCAAGUUUAGAGUAUACAGGUUAACCUGGCUUUAUUUAGUUAAAUGUAAAAAAGUUUACUCUGUUAAUGCUAAAAGUGUUUAUACUUGUCACACAGUUUUAUGUUGAAAUAUUGAAGCCAGUGGUUGGGAAGAUAAGCCUUAAUGCUAAAUUUCUAUAAUGAACCUGCCCAUCUUUCAAUUUGGACAGUACCAUUAACUGUUAAAAGGGGUGCAUAGCAAAAAGUUACCGACUGACUGGCGAAUAGGACAGAAUAUGAUCAGACUGCACGGAUGUGCAGGCUGAUCAUGAUCUGCAUUGGUAAAGGAAAAAUCAGUUGUGUUUAGCAUAAAGGUUAAAAGCAUUGCAUAGUUUUGGAUUUAAAAAAUCCUACUACUUUAGAAUUUUAUGUUGUUGCAUUUAUGGAUAAUUUAGAUUUCAAGGUUUGAAGGCAAGAUUGGAAAAAUUACAUUUAAGGGUAUGCUUCAAAAAUCUCUAUUGGUUAAUUUGAAAAUUAGAUAGUGGCGUUGUCAUUUGUGCAUAGUUUCAGUUAUUGCAGAUCAGUUAAUGAGCUCUAAAUAUCCAAUCUUACAUACAGCUGAUAUAUUUUUUUUUUACCAUUUUUAGUUUGCUUAGUAAUUUUUGAAGGGAAGAAGACUUAGUGAGCAUACUUGUAAAAAACUCUUCUUUUAAGUUACACAACAAAAAGUCGCUCUGCUUGUCGUACUGAUAAAAAUAGAUCUUUGAUUUUGCCAGAACCUGGUCACUUAUGAAGUAUUUUCAGUAUCAUGUGCGUAAUAAAUUUGUAUUAUAUCUUUAUCAUUAAUUUGUUGCUAUAUUUAGAACUUUGUUCAUUCUUUAUCUUCAUGCAGAGACUUUACUGAUUUCACAAGUGGAUAUAAAACAUACAUUGAGAAAUGAAUCAUUGGACAACAAAGUAUGUAAUAGAGAUGAUCAUGAGUCAAACAGAUAUAGGCAUGUGAUAUGCUAGAUAUUGAUUGGUCUACUGACAUUUUCCUCGCCAUACGUUUCAACAUUUUUACAUGCAAAAUAACCUGUAGCACAUGUAUUUCCUAUGUAUUUAUCAAUGUUAAAGAAAGGGUGUUUGACCUGGAAUUUGCUAUAAAUGGAUAAAUGGAUCUGAUUUUUCAUUCUUCUUAUACCUUCAAGUAUCACAUUUCCACAGUAUUUACAAUAUUGAAUAUCGCACAGAUUUUUCCAUUUGCAGCACCAUUUUGUGGCCAGUCUGGCAGUAUUUACCAGUCUUGUAUUGUUUUUAUGUAUAUUUACUAUUGUUCCUUGGUUUGUAUAUGUACUAUUGUUCCGUGGUUAAAAUGCUGAAAAGAAUACUACAUUGAUGAUUGGGUUAUUUUUUUUGGACUUUUAAUUCCUAAUUUGGAAGUAACCUGAUUCAGGCUCUUAUGAACUUGUGCCUUGUAGCAGGUGGUGUUUUAGGAGAUAAUACAGUCCUUUAAUCACAAUUCUUGAGAUGCAUCGUUCACUAAUAAUAGUGAAAAUAAAACCGUUAUAGAAUUUGUAUAAAAGUACAAAUUGAUGUUAAUAGAUCAGAAAAUACUCAUGAUGGUUUAAUUUUCACUGAUUCUCAGGAACAGAGCUACAUGCAAAUUUAAAACUUGUGAAUAUUAAGGAAAAAAAAUGUUAAAAACCGGUUACCCAGAAAAGAAUAAAAACUUAGGAAAAGGAAUUCCUAGAAAUGUGAAUAUGUCUGUUUAUCAAAUCGCGAAAUCACUGAUGUUUACAUGCUUUUUAUUAACCACAGUCAUGUUAUUAAUGUUGAGAUGAUGAGAGUGUAAAAUGUUGUUAAAACAGUGGCUUACAUGUACAUACUAUGCUGUUGUUUACUGUAACACCAUUCCAUCAAAACUUAACUAGCCCUUACCCUGCUGAAUUUCUAUAAUGAACGUGUCCAUCUUUCAAUUUGGACAGUACCAUUAACUGUCAAAAGGGGUGCUUACCAAAAAGAUACUGACUAAAUGGCAGACAGUGCAGAUCAUGAUCAGACUGCAUGGAUGUGCAGUCUGAUCAUGAUCUACACUGGUCACAAAGGCAAAAUCAAUCGUGUCCAGCAUGAUAAGGGCUAGAGUAGAUGCAUUGUUUUCGUAAGAAAUUGAUUUAUCUGUAAGGGCCUUAUUUUACACAUAGUUGAACAUAUUUAUUGUUUAUAUAGAUGUUCUGUAUGUUUAACAUUUGCUUUGCUCUUCAAUAAAAUAAUAUAAAAUGUA